GAAGGAUUCUCCGAUGCAACCGGCUCCGGGAGCUUUCCGUUGUGUUGGGAAGGCUGCGGCAUUUCAGGAGUGACUUCGGUUUGGGAGCUCGAAAACUACCCCCGAGGGUGUGUGUGCGAGAGAGAGAAGAGGCGGGGAUCAGAAUUGGCCGGGAUUGGGCUGGGCUGCGGUGGGGGAGGUGGGGGUGUUGUGAGAGCGACGGAGCUUCCCCGACUAUCUCCCCGCCGCCACCUCUUUUCCUUUCGCCCGUGGCCAGGCUGAACGUCUGAUAAGAGGUGGAUUAGGAGGGGAGUUGAGAGACAGACCAAUAGCUGCUGCCAGUGGGAGUAUUUUGUGAUUCACAUGUAAGAGGCUCGGGAAUCGCUGCCUCCUCCUUUCUUUCAGCACCAAGAACAGCUACAAGUGCAGCUCCUCGCUCGCUCGCUUGCUUUUGCUUCCCCCUCCUCGGAAAAGCCAGGCAACGUGCGCGCAAAUGGAGCCGCAAGAAGGCGCCCCGAGGGCUCCUCUCCAGCCCGGGAGUGUCUCCAUCUCAGGACAUAAUCCAAGGAUGUGAACUGCUGAUCUCCUCCCAGCAUCGGAUGCUUUUACCCUAAUGACAGUCUGCCAUCGCUGAAAAUACUCCACAAGCAAAGGUAACGCAUGGAAAAGUUCACCCCAAUGGAUUCCUUUUGUGAAAGGCUUCUUGAGGACUUUUGUUGAGAAGCAACUACCGCCCUACUGUCCUCCUUUUCUACCUACUGCAUGGUCCUAUCUUCUGAUUCAUUGGGCACUGAUGGUAGCCUUCAGAAGGGGCAGUUUCAAAGCGUCCACCUUCACCUCUAGCCAGAGAAGAACCUGGGUCUUGGAUUGCAACAACACCUUCCGGAAAAAUGGUAUACGAGGACAAGCAUCUAGUCUCCGGCCACUGUUUCUUCCUACUCGCAGCCAAAUUGUGUUGGAUGCUCCCGAUGAUGCGAGGAACUCACGGCCAGGAAUAUGCCCACUCCAUCCGACUCGAUGGAGAUAUCAUCUUAGGGGGACUUUUCCCUGUCCACGCAAAGGGGGAAAGAGGAGUACCUUGUGGGGAGCUCAAGAAGGAAAAGGGCAUCCAUCGGCUCGAGGCAAUGCUAUAUGCAAUCGAUCAGAUCAACAAGGACCCUGACCUCCUUGCCAAUGUCACUUUAGGCGUCCGGAUACUAGACACUUGCUCCAGGGACACCUAUGCUUUGGAGCAGUCUUUAACAUUUGUGCAAGCCUUGAUAGAGAAAGACGGGUCCGACGUGAAGUGUGCUAAUGGAGACCCACCUAUUUUCACGAAGCCGGACAAGAUAACAGGGGUUAUAGGUGCAGCUGCAAGUUCAGUGUCCAUUAUGGUGGCUAAUAUUUUACGACUUUUUAAGAUACCUCAAAUCAGCUAUGCAUCUACAGCACCAGAGUUAAGUGAUAACACCAGGUAUGACUUUUUCUCCCGGGUGGUCCCACCUGACUCUUAUCAAGCCCAAGCCAUGGUUGAUAUUGUGACAGCACUUGGAUGGAACUAUGUUUCGACACUGGCUUCAGAGGGGAACUAUGGAGAGAGUGGUGUCGAAGCAUUCACACAGAUCUCGAGGGAAACUGGUGGUGUCUGCAUUGCUCAGUCUCUAAAAAUCCCCCGUGAGCCAAGACCAGGAGAAUUUGACAAGAUCAUCAAACGCUUGAUGGAGACUCCAAAUGCUCGUGCGGUGAUCAUGUUUGCAAAUGAGGAUGAUAUCAGGAGAAUAUUAGAAGCAGCAAAGAAAACCAAUCAAACUGGACAUUUUCUUUGGAUAGGCUCAGACAGCUGGGGGUCUAAGAUUGCACCUGUCUACCAGCAAGAGGAGAUUGCAGAAGGCGCAGUCACCAUUUUGCCCAAAAGAGCUUCCAUUGAUGGUUUCGAUAGAUAUUUUAGAAGCCGAACGCUAGCAAAUAACAGAAGGAAUGUGUGGUUUGCAGAAUUCUGGGAAGAAAACUUUGGAUGCAAGUUGGGUUCUCAUGGAAAGAGGAACAGCAAUAUAAAGAAAUGCACAGGAUUGGAACGAAUUGCAAGGGACUCUUCCUACGAACAAGAAGGAAAGGUCCAGUUUGUCAUUGAUGCUGUGUACUCUAUGGCGUAUGCACUGCACAACAUGCAUAAAGAUAUUUGUCCUGGAUAUAUUGGCCUGUGUCCACGCAUGAGCACCGUCGAUGGCAAAGAGCUGCUUAGUUACAUCCGGGCGGUGAACUUCAAUGGCAGUGCUGGAACACCUGUUAUUUUCAAUGAGAAUGGAGAUGCACCUGGGCGCUAUGAUAUCUUUCAAUAUCAGCUAACCAACAGAACCGCAGAAUACAAAAUCAUUGGACACUGGACAAACCAGCUUCAUCUAAGUGUAGAAGACAUGCAGUGGGAUAACAGAGAGAGAACUCAUCCCACAUCGGUCUGUAGUUUGCCCUGCAAGCCGGGAGAAAGGAAGAAAAUGGUCAAGGGAGUGCCUUGCUGUUGGCAUUGCGAGCGCUGCGAAGGUUACCAUUACCAAGUGGACGAGGUCACCUGCGAAAUGUGUGCAUUCGAUAAGAGGCCAAAUGCCAACCGCACCGACUGCCAGCCGAUCCCCAUCAUCAAACUGGAAUGGCAUUCCCCAUGGGCUAUUGUGCCUGUCUUCAUAGCAAUCUUCGGGAUCAUCGCAACCACCUUUGUCAUCGUGACGUUUGUUCGGCACAACGACACGCCAAUCGUCCGGGCCUCGGGUCGCGAACUCAGCUACGUCCUCCUGACGGGGAUUUUCCUCUGUUACUCCAUCACUUUUUUAAUGAUUGCGAGUCCAGACACCGCCAUCUGCUCUUUGCGGCGGAUCUUCCUCGGGCUGGGCAUGUGCUUCAGUUACGCAGCUUUGCUCACCAAAACAAACCGAAUCCAUCGAAUAUUUGAGCAAGGGAAAAAAUCGGUCACCGCUCCAAAGUUCAUCAGCCCGGCUUCCCAGCUGGUGAUCACCUUCAGCCUCAUCUCCAUGCAGCUUCUGGGAGUCUUCAUCUGGUUUGGUGUCGAUCCUCCACAUAUCAUCGUGGACUAUGGAGAGCAGAGGACUCUGGAUCCUGAAAAUGCUCGUGGGGUUCUCAAAUGUGACAUCUCUGAUCUGUCUCUCAUUUGUUCCCUUGGAUACAGUAUUCUCUUAAUGGUAACAUGCACUGUUUAUGCCAUCAAGACAAGAGGCGUUCCAGAGACUUUCAAUGAAGCGAAACCAAUUGGCUUUACUAUGUACACCACCUGUAUCAUUUGGUUAGCUUUUAUUCCAAUCUUUUUUGGAACUGCACAGUCAGCAGAAAAGAUGUACAUCCAGACAACGACACUUACAAUAUCCAUGAGUUUAAGUGCUUCUGUGUCUCUAGGCAUGCUCUACAUGCCCAAGGUUUAUAUUAUCAUUUUUCAUCCAGAGCAAAAUGUUCAGAAAAGGAAGAGGAGUUUCAAAGCUGUAGUCACAGCAGCCACAAUGCAAAGCAAGCUGAUCCAAAAGGGAAACGACAGACCAAAUGGCGAGGUCAAAACUGAACUUUGUGAAAGUCUUGAAACCAACAGUAAGUCAUCCGUAGACUUAACCAUGGUCAAGAGUGGCAGCACUUCCUAAUAGAUCUUCCUCCAGCAAGACGACUUAUGUCAGCUACAGCAAUCAUGGAAACUGAGUGAGGAAACCAAACAUACCUGAAGACUUGCAGGAUGCGAACUUAAGAACAACGUUGACUAUAGCAUCAUGAGAACUCAGCCUUUGAGAUGUCUCUAGACCAUAGUCUAAACUGUAAAAGGACAAAGACUAACCUCUUGAGCCCAAAGCAGGAG